UUCUUAAUAGUUCGCCUUCUGGAAUGCUUUUGCUUUUUUUCUGAGUCUGGGAACAAUUCAUGUUAAUGCAUACGAGCUCUGGGUUAGUGCAAACGAACAGCUGCAUCGUUACAAACCAGUGGUCAGUUUUUAGAGAGCAGUUCUUCAGGAAAAACGUUGAUGUAGAAAUGUGCCAUGCUACUGCUUAGAUCUGCUCGUCCAAAGGAAAGUCACAGUGGGCUUCCUUGGGCACAGCAGUUUUCACUCUCUUACUCAUUAUGCUGGGCUUUUCAUUUACUGCUUCUUCUACAUAUGUGUUCUAAGUUUUUCUUACUAGUUACUAGAUCUUAAUUUUUUACUUUAUAUUAAAUCCUGAAUGGUACGGCAGAGAUAUAGCAGAGCAAUCGAUCAGAUAUUACUCUGAUUAGUCCUUAAUAAAGAAGCAAAGUUGCCAGGGAAAGUGAGAUACUUGUGAAUCUUCUAUUCGUGGCACAACAAAAAGGCACGCAGCAAACCAUACUGUGAAAAAUUACUGCAAAGCAGCUAAAAGACACUGCUAAUUAACUAAUUAAUUACAAUUAAGCUGCAUUUUCAUUUAUAUUAUAAAAGAAGGUAAGCCAAAAGCAAACAUCAAAGCACCAAAAAUUUCCUGCUUUCAGCAGAAGCUCUGAAUAAGCAGAAUGACUGCUGUCCUUUUCAGCCUCCAUAAGCAUUUUUAACUAUGCUAAUCACCACAAUAUUUGAAAUCUGUUUUCUACUGCACUUAGCACAAGACCUACUUCGCUUUAGGGCUCUGCCUGCUGAACUUUACGUCCCUUUUCUAUAAAUGCUAAAGCAGCACAAAAAGGCAGCACGCUAUUUCUUACACCAGCAUCACAUUCUGAACGUAUUUGAUUGGCCCAAUGAUUGAAGCCAAAGCAGCACCCUAUGGAUUCCAACAGAAUUUGAAUCGAUUUUGAAAUUAUGAAGGAAAAAAAAAAAAAAGUUAAUCAAAUGUCUGGACAAAGUGAUUCAUGGGGACGCCUGCCUUCAUGAUCUGUACAUCAGAAUGAUUCACUUUAGCUGCUCACUUCAGGGUCUGAACAGCACAUACGCCUUUAUCAGAAUAUCAGUGUGUUUUCCACAGCAGCUAAAACACAGUGCUCACGUACUUGAGGAUGGACCAGUCAGCUCCAGUGACCUCCUACAAACAGUGGUGUAGUGUUGGUGUGCUCCCUGUAUCUGUGAGCCAUGUAACAACAACCAUGUAUCAAUCAUUACUAAGAAACUGGCUCCGUGACAAACUAAUUACUCCUCAGGCUUCCACCCAUUAGCACAGAAGGAAGCAGACGCUCAAGGUGCAUUUAUAAUCAAGGCUUUAUACAGCUCUGCAGUAACAAAAUCUGCUACAGAGGUUGUGCUUUGGAAGAUUUCUUAAAAUGUAUACACCUAAAUCUGCUCAAAGGACAAAUAAUUGUUAACUGCUUAAUGGUACUUGAAUCACUACAAUUAGUCAGCAGUAGCCUUUAUUUAAUGUCAUUUAUUGGGCUGUCUUCCCAAGGACAUGUAAAAACCCUAAUCUGUGCUUCUCAAAAUCCUGUGGUUUGGACAGAAUGUGGGCUAGCAGGUGUCACAGUAGUACCCUCACCAUAAGUAUUUCACUGAUGUUUCUGCAAUGAGGGACUCCACACAGAGAACCCUGGGUUACAGAGACUCAAGACUCCUUUGCACACUUCUCUCCCCCCAUGACCUGCUUUUGGUUUCUGCCAUUGGAAACACCUGUGCAGCCUCAUACUGAUACCCACAGAAGGACUGCUAAAAAUGCCUGAGGAAGCAACUCCCACCUGCACACCCAUGAAGGCACACCAAGCACUGCCACGUCUCCAGUGCCCAGCAAACGUCCUACAACAGACAGCCAUCAGGGUCAGCGCUGCCUCCUUGGUGUCUGAUGGAUUGUUCCAUACACGUAGGGAGCCCUAUAAGCGAUUAACACUAUCAAUCAACUGAAAAUGUUGAUGAACAGCAGGCAAACCACCCAGCACUGGUGUAGUGGAGAGGGGAGCUGCAGCAGACAAGCAAUAGGUGGCCCAAUCUGAGCCUUUUGUGCCAAUGAGAUGCCCUGUUUAAUUUGAAGCUCCUUUUAAAUGAAACUCCUACUCCAGAUCUUCGUAAGUACAGUCAUCCUAAUGUCAGCAUUAAUAUUGUACUAGCCCUCCUUAAAACCUUCAGUUAAAAUACUGUAUUCAGCAAUCACAAGUGAAGUAAAACUAAAUCAGUAAAUAUGCCAGUUCAUCUCAAGGAGGCAGCUGGAAAAUGGCAUUUCCUUCAUUAAGCAGAAGAAAUCAAAAGCCACAGGAGUGUCAGGAACAAGAGGUCUCAGACUUUAGCUGACAAUUAUCAGGAAGGUAUCUGUUUAUCAUCAACGGAUGUCAUUUCAAAUGACAAAUCUUGAAGUCAUUUCAGCCAUAGUAGAGCUCUGCUAAGGGGCAGACCAUUCUCUUCGAACUCCAAACUCAAACCAGUUUCAUACUUAUUGUUAUCUUGGAAAGAGCUAUGUCAAUAUUUCUGCAUUUACGAGAAACCUGCUCCUGGCAGCCUGAGUGUUUCACAAGAGAUUCCUCUGCAGCCAACACGAUGCCUUAUUGAUCAGUCAAGGUGUUGGCUUUCACAUGUGCCUCUAGUAGGAAAUGGCAUGAUGUUAGAGCUUCCAGGAAAACUACCAUCUGUGCUUCCUGCCAAUCAGGCAGGAGAAUACCUGCAGGGAAUGCUUCCAUGCUGCCAGCUCUGAGCAGCGUUUCCCAUCACAAGCCCUGAGCAUGGGAGAAGCCAGCAAGGAGAGUUAAGAUAAGAGCUCGCUCACAGCCAUCCCAGCAGGAUCCCUGCCUCUCACACUGCUCUGCAGCAAGUUCAAUCCACAAAGAAUAGGGAUAGUUCACACUAAUUUUGAUAGGCAAGGACUGGUUUUCUUUAACAGAGUGAUGCUGAUUUAAAUCGUAACUCUCAGCUCAUACACACUGCUUGCUCCUGCAAUCCUGAGCAAUGCUGGAGAUUCAGAGAUCCAACCACAUGUAAAUUUGCACCUAUGAUCUAAGUGGAGAUAUUUAGCAUAAAGAUGCUUUAUAAUUUUCUCUUUCCUCAAGUUUAUAUAUAUAUAUGUCUCCAUGAUCUGAUCUUUACACACACACACAAAAAGAACAUCUGUGUUUCAAAUGCUGGUAGCCACUAUCUCAGCUGAUCCAUGCAAUGCACUCUGCUGGGCAGGUUGGCCUUCCUGUACGAGCAAAAAGAGACCCCACCUCACAGCACAAGACAUUCGCUGUGCAUUAGGAGCUGCACUGCUCGCCCUGUGGCAAAGCCCUCCCCAUCACACACAGAUGUUACAGACAAGGGAUGGUGAGAUUUCCACACAGAGGCUCUAUCGGAAUUCAGAGAUAAAGCAAAGUCAGGAAGAGGUGGAGCAUUAGAGCAGUCAGACUCACUCAUCUGAUAUUUGGGCACUCAGAUAAGGGACAGCAAGCAAGUGACAGACUUAACCCCUGCGGAGCCCUGGGCAGCUGCUGCUGAGCACGCAGAGCACUGCUGGCAGUGCAGCUCCUGCUGGGGCUGGGUUCUUAACUGCAUGAAGGCAGAUGUGCCUGGCAGACAGCAGCUGUCUCUGCUGGGGCUCCUCCUGCUCAAUCUGCAGCACCCUUAGUGCAGGGCUCUCUCUCCCUCACAAGUCUUACUUUGCCACUAGCUAAAAAUAAAUUUUCCUUUUUCUUCCAAAGGAGCACCUGAACUCACCUGAUGCAUACUGAUCUGCAGGGCAAUCUGCAGACAGCUUAGCUCUGAUGUGCCCUUAAGUGAACUCAGGUUCCCAAGAAAAAGAUUAACAAUCUAAACAAAGUGUGCUAAUGGCACUUUGUUAAUAUUUUGCAUUUGGAGGGCACUACAUAUAUUUAUACAGCAGUAAUAGAAUAACGUAAAGAAAACAUUGAAAGGGAAGUGAAAAACUGCACUUAUGGUUGGUAGGUUGCUACCAGGCAGCAGAAGUGGGUUCUGAAUUACGCUGUAGCUGCAAUGCAAUGAUUUACCACAAUGAUGCUGCCUAUGGAAUAAAGGAACAAACAGAUUGCAGUGGUUGCAAACAUCUGCAGAACAGCAAAAGACUUCACAUCACAAGAGAGGGGCCCAUGGGAAGGAGCUGAAUUGUGAAGUGUUCUCAAGCAGAUGUUUGUUUAGAAUUUCUGAAAAAGCAGUGAGAUGGGUGAGCAAUCUCACAGGGUGACCGAAGCACAGUGUGAAGAGUGACUUCAGAAGCACGAGCAACUGUGUGCUCACUCCCCGUGUGAUGGAAAUACACCCAUCCUUUCUGAGAAUUCCAUUCUCAUUGCUGGCUUGACAUGCCUAAGAAUGCAUCUAAGGCAGCCCAGGAAGUCCCAAAGGAAUGAGAGAAGAAAGAAGUGAAGAAUAUCAUCUGAAGAACCUCGUGCUCCCUCUGCCAGGACCGGAACGGAAAGCGGUACUGCAAGAGGAAGAAAACCACCCCACCCCCAUUGAUCUGCUCCUGCUCUUUUGUUUGUAUGCUUUAAGCAUCCCAGGCAGGAUGUCAGAUUUAAUGCUACUUUAUGCAUCAGUUAUUACUGUAAUCCACUCAUGGCUUCUUUCGCGUUGUACUGCAUGGGAUCAACUACAUUAUAAAAUGAAACUGAUAUCAAUUAUAAGCAUACCACCCGUCAAACUGGUCAAUGAUUGCACCACGAAGACGCAAAUGAUGGGGUUGGCAGAGGCCUGUUUCUCAGCCCAGCACCCAGUAUCAAGCAGGAUUUUCUUCUACACUAAUGUUUAAAGCAUUUUAUCUGAGCCGUAUCAUUAUAUUCCAAACAAUAGCAGCUCAGCAGCCACACAACAGAAGAAUAUUUGGUAUCCUACUUGCCUGCACUGCAGCAUUUUUCCCCUCUCAUCUAACCUGGACAAUCUAGUUUUAUCUUUCUGUACAGCCAGCCAACGACUCCUCUGUUAACCCCUACGACACGUAUACCAACUGGUAAGCUGAAAGAAACGUCACGUAGUGCAGACUUGGAGGUAACAGCGACGUGAGACGGCUUUCUCUCACACUUCAGAGCUCAGAGUCUGCUCCCCCUGGGGCACAACUAAUGGCAGGUGUGCUAUUCUUCUGAAAUACCUAUCAUCCACUAUUUAAAUGUUUAAGGAGUAAUCCAUAAAUAAUACUUAGCAUGUCACUUUCUAAAUGCACUUUACAGACCCUGAUGAGUAGCCAGAACCUGCUAAGUCAUGGUUCAUGCAACACUUCUGGCAAAGACUUCCAGUUUUCUGCUUCUGCAAACCCCUGCAGUCCUGCAAUGCUUCCCCACGCAGCACGCUUUGCUUUCAGUCCCUGCAGAAAUUAAGAGAUCCUCUGGGAACUCUAUAGGGCCUGAGCAAGGUAUGAAUGCUCAGCAUCUGCAGAGACUUCAUUUGUUGGCAACAGCUUUAUAGCUACAUACGGCUUAUGAUGACAUUACAGUUUGUGAAAAAGAAUAUUCAGAGGUUGGAUGGUCUGUUUAAGGGCUCUGUCGUGUACAGGUCAAGCAGACAAAAGCAUUUCUUUACUAAACUAACCAUCUGGACAGCAAGAGGGGGCUACAGCAGGAUACAAAAUUCAGCACACCAUUAACGAUCAACCUACAGCUCAGAAACUCUUCAAAAGAAAAUCCAUUUUAAGGAUAGAGGGAACGCACACGCAUCACUGCUUGUGUGCAACACGCAAACACUGUGAGCUCAGCCAUCUUUCCAACUUCUCAAAAAAAGGAAAGACAAUGGGAUCUAUAACACCAUCACAAAGCGAGGACCCUGUCAUAUCCUGAAGCAAUCUCUGAAUUCCACGUCAGUGCCCAGAAACCUGCCUACCCAGCUCACCCUGCGAGCAGGACAAGCAGCAGGAUGCUUCUUAGCACGAUGUGCUCAACCACUGCCUGUUCAGGACAUAUGGCCUGUCAAAGUGAAACCUCAAAGCCGUAUAUUCUUAUCACAGGUUAAAAAUAAAGCACGUGCUCUUGAGCAAGAGAGGUGGAUUGCAGGGCAGGGAAUGGGCUCCCAGUUGUCCCCAGAGAACCUGAACACAGAUGACAACCCCCAACAGCUCUGAUUGCUGCCGUAGCCCAAGCGUUCUGGGCAGUAAAUCGGAAACCCAGUGGCUGAAGCCCAGCCUCUUGCUUCUUGAGCGGGGCUGUAAACAGGCAAAGGGAGGGGCCUCGCACAGCCAAGCCGAGCGCAAAGUGGUGAGUAAGUCACUGAAGGAAAAACAAGUGCAGCAUGCAGAACUGGGGCUGGGAGGCAAUGGGCUGCGGGAGCGGUGAGGCACUCCGGCUGCUGCCCUCCCCGCAUGCCCUCCAUGCAUGUCCCCUGCAAUGCCCGCCGUGCAAGUGCUGCCCCGGAGCGCCUGCAGGGCUGUGAGGUGCGGGUGAAGAAAAGCUGGUAACCAGCAGAGAAGAUACAAGAGCUAAAAUCACUAUGUGGAGCUGUGAAACCUUAAACAGUACUGACAGCAGCGAGGACCAGCAUCUCUGCCAGGACUUCCACUUUGUGCUAUCCAUCUUUUCCCUACUCUACCUCAUCAUAUGUUUCCCAAUUGGCCUGUGCUACAACGGCCUGCUGGUCCUGGUCAACCUGUACAACAAAGCGACCAUGACGAUGCCUGAUGUUUACUUUGUCAAUAUCGCCAUUGCUGGUCUCAUCAUCAACACCCUGGCGCCAAUGUACCUCCUAGGUCUUGCCAACACAAAAUGGGCCGUCUGGAAUUCUAACAAUGAAGUUUAUAUCACCUUGCUUAUUUUGUUCAACGUCUCAUCUUUAGUUACCAUGUACUCUACGACAUUACUCAGUCUGGACUACUACAUCGAACGCGCUCUACCCAGAACUUACAUGUCCAGUGUGUACAACACCAAGCACGUCUGUGGAUUCAUAUGGGGAGGAGCCAUGCUCACGAGUUUCUCAUCUCUUCUCUUCUACGUCUGCAACCACGUAUCCACUAAAAUAAUUGAAUGUUCCAAGAUGCAGAACAAAGAGGCAGCGGAUGCCAUCAUGGUGUUUAUCGGGUACGUCGUUCCGGCCGUCGCAGUACUGUAUGCACUUAUUCUGAUCCUGAGGAUACGCAAAGAGGCAACGCCUCUGGAUCAAGACACUGGACGAUUAGAUCCAUCGGUGCACAGGCUUUUGAUUGCCACAGUCUGUACACAGUUCACGUUAUGGACGCCCUAUUACGUUACCCUUUUGGUAAGCACAUUUACUUACGCACGAGGAAGACCUGCAGAUGAAAACUACAGUCGAAUAUUACAUUUUACCAAGAUUUUAUCCAAAUUCUUGGCUUUCUCGAGCAGCUUUGUAAUGCCUUUGCUUUAUAGAUACAUUAACAAAAACUUUCCCAACAAAUUACGACGGCUGCUUAAAAAGAUACACUGUGGGAACCAGGGCUGUUCUCACGAACGCACAGUAGUACAGCAAGUCAUGACGUAGGCAUUGAACACCUCUGGUGCUGUUACUGCAGUACUCAGGCUGUGAUACGGCUGUGCUGGCACUCGAAGUCACGACGUGACAGCCCCAACCAGGAGGAGCCUUUAAUAAUGAGAGAGUCUUAACUUCCCAAAUGUUGUGUUUGCUGAGAUCUGUAAGACUCUGGCUAUGUGCUGUAAUACCUGUGACAUCUAACACUCUCAGUGCACUGAACUGCUUACAAAGCGUAAGCUCUGUCUUCAUCGUUCUAAUAUUCCUGUCUGAACAAAUCACUGAACAGCUGAUGGAAAUCCUGACUGAACACACAGCACCUUGUAGGGAAAAAGGCAUUACCUUGUUUUCUGUGCAGAGAAGCAACAGUGCUAUCCUUGAUGAAGUAAAUAGUAUUUUCCAAUGAAGAUGAUACGGGUGAUCUUUGCUAAAGGUCGUAUCACCCAAUGAAACAUGUCCAAAUAGUAAAUGUUAAUUAUAAAUUAAAUUAUUUAAUUUCCUUCUCCAUCAUCGAAUUCCCUAAUCUACCAUUUUCAGAGGCUAUAUUCUCACACGGUCUAACCUAAGCUAUUAACACGUAUGACAAACCAGCUUUUCCUAGAUAUAACAAUAACAUGUUUUAUUCUUCCGGUGCUUUGUUUGCAUCCUAAGGCAUUUCAGGAAUUCAAAAAUAUUUAUUAACUAAUUCUAGGGGAAUUGAGAGAUUUUUUGUUCCACAUAUUAAAAUGAAGGACACAAUGGUUUACAAACUUAAAUCAAAACUUAACGAGUAAAGAAUGUCUGGCUAAGUGUUAUGGUCCACAUAUGUUCAUAUGUAACGAGAGUAAUUAUCUUAAAAAUAAAUAUGUUUAUGAUUAA